AUGUCUUACCAACAACAACAGUGCAAGCAGCCCUGCCAGCCUCCUCCUCCUUGUCCUCCCCCUAAGUGCCCAGAGCCUUGUCCUCCCCCACAGUGCCCAGAGCCUUGUCCUCCCCCAAAGUGCCCUGAGCACUGCCAGCCUCAGCCAUGCCAGCAGAAAUGUCCUCCUGUGCAACUUCCGCCAGCCUGCCAGCAAAAGUGCCCACCCAAGAGCAAGUGA